UGCCAGGUCAGGAGGAAGUGUUGGGCUCCCGGGGUCAGGCAGGCCAGCCAGACUUGGUCAGGCACCGGUCCCGGAGUCCACAGGAUGGCUGCUGUGGUGUGGAAUUUGGGUGCUGCAGGAGACCUGAGGAAGGCAGUGUACAGAAAGAGGGUGACCCUUCCACAGACAGAGCGAGGAGUCGAUGUGAGCAGCCGGCGCUCCCGGCACAGCUGGGUCGCCAUGGCUGCUGUUGACAGCUUCUACCUCUUGUACAGGGAAAUCGCCAGGUCUUGCAAUUGCUACAUGGAAGCCCUGGCCUUGGUGGGAGCCUGGUACACAGCCCGAAAGAGCAUCACCGUCAUCUGUGACUUCUACAGCCUGGUCAGGCUGCACUUCAUCCCUCGCCUGGGGAGCAGACCCGACCUGAUCAAGCAGUAUGGAAGAUGGGCGGUCAUCAGUGGGGCAACAGAUGGCAUUGGGAAGGCCUACGCGGAGGAGUUAGCGAGCCACGGACUCAAUGUCAUCCUGAUCAGCCAGGAAGAGGAGAAGCUACAGGCCGUGGCCAAGCACAUAGCUGACACCUACAGGGUAGAGACGUUUGUCCUGGUGGCAGACUUCAGCAGAGGCCGGGAGAUUUAUGCCCCCAUCCGAGAAGCCCUGAGAGACAGAGACAUUGGCAUCCUGGUGAACGACAUGGGUGCGUUCUACCCCUACCCUCAGUAUUUCAGCCAGGUGCCCGAGGACACGCUCUGGGACAUCGUGAACGUGAACAUCGCAGCCGCCAGCCUGAUGGUGCACAUCGUGCUGCCGGGGAUGGUGGAGAGAAAGAAGGGUGCCAUCGUCACCGUGUCUUCUGGCUCCUGCUGCAAGCCCACCCCACAGCUGGCUGCUUUCUCUGCGUCCAAGGCCUAUCUGGACCACUUCAGCCGAGCCCUGCAGUACGAGUAUGCCUCUAAGGGGAUCUUUGUGCAGAGUCUGAUCCCCUUCUACGUGCCCAGCAGCGGGACUGCGCCUGCCAGCUUCCUGCACAGAUGCCCGUGGCUGGCGCCGUCGCCGAGAGUGUAUGCUCAGCAUGCAGUGUCGACCCUGGGCAUUUCAAAAAGGACCACAGGCUACUGGUCCCAUUCCAUUCAGUUCCUCUUUGCACAGUAUAUGCCCGAGUGGCUCUGGGUGUGGGGUGCAAACCUCCUCAACCGCUCCUUACGGAAAGAGGCCUUAUCCUGCCAAGCCUGAGCCAGGAGGCUGGAGAGAAGCUUGGCUAAGCCACGGUCACCUACAGUUUCUGGCGUUUGGAAGAACACAUUCACUCCGCCUGUGUAUCGUCUCCUACCGAGUCCCUAGUGCAUCACCAUCCUUCAUGAGGCCGACUGUUACGUCUGUGAGCAAACCUCAGGGACCACAUGGGUGGCCCAGGGCGCAUGGCCAUGAAGCCUGAGGACAGAACGGGCUGCUUCCUUGACACUUGGAGCGUGACCGGCUCACUCCUGUAUUGUCCGUCUUGUGUUGGUCUUUUUUGUUUUGAGAAGUCACCUGUUUCCCUUUUACAGGUGAUUGAUUAUAGUAUUGGCUUUCAAGAUGUUCCUCACGCUGGGCGUGGGGGCUCACGCCUUUAAUGCCAGCACUUGGGAGCUUGAGACAGGCCUGGGCUACAUAGUGAGUUCCAGGCCAGCCAGGGACAUGCAGUUAAACCUGUCUUUGAAAAAAAAAAAUUAAUGUUCAUCAGGAAGACAACAAAAAAGUGUUAUUUUCAAACUGUGAACUGGGAGAACAGGGGUUAACAGUAGACGUGUAUCUCUCACGCCGCAUAGCUCCAUGGGGGGUGUCUGUGUGUACGUACACGGCCUUUCCCUAAGGUCCCCUAGAACCAUGUGUGUGUUGUGUGUCUGGGUGAAGUUAUCGAUAAGACUUUACAGUAGACUCUGUCAAGACGAGGUAAUGAGGGAGCCCUUCCCAGAGUGAACGCCUGGGUUACUCCCUUUCAUGUGCUGAAAGCCUUUCUGGCUUUAGGCUGUGUGGGCUUGCCACGUCCGACCUUGUUUCUUUGAGUGGUUUUGUCUUUCCCACUCUGUAGGUGGGUUUUGUUCCUAGGCUGGGGCACAUAACAGGUUGUCUUUGGAUUUCUAAGGUAACAGCUGUGCUUAAGUGGCGGUUCCUCAGUGAGUUGGUUCUAACCGACCCCCUUCAGGGCUUGUUAGAGCUGGCUUUCAUACACUUGUCUAUGUAAUCCAAUUUCUCCCCAGGAGCCUUGUUGAUAAAAUCAUCACGUGUUUGUGGAAUAGUGGUUAAAAUAUGGGCAGCUUUUGUGCGUGGUAUAAGGUAGUUAUUGAAGUGAUGUUAGAAGCUCGUUUUUAGCCUGUGUGAUGAAUGUGUACAUUGUAGGGAAUGCUUUUAUUAGUGUGAGGGUGCUUUAUGUAAAUCCCACAAUAUGGGGGCACACUGAAACUUAGUGGCUUUAGUUGGUUUAUAAAACCAACCUCUUGGGAGGGUCUCAUACCCAGCACGUGGAAGCCUGGAAGUCAUGGCGGCUUGUGCAGAGUGGAGGAUGUGGCCUUGACUCUUGUGGUGCUGCGCUGCCUGGGAAGUGAGACAAUGGGACUUGGGUGGAGUUGCUUUAGUGACAUCCCGUCACCUGUAGGCCCAAGUGCACUUUGCCCAGGACAUCAGAUGUGCCAUUUUCGGUUGUGACUCGGAUCUAGAUCAGUGUCUUCACGUCCUCAGAUCAUGGGCAGACCACCAUGCUUGGAGACAGAGGAGGAGGAGCCUCAGCGGGGACGGCUGCCUUCCUGCUGAGAACCUGCGUGCAUGUGAUAGGCAGCAGUUCCUCCACGUGAGACCUAAUCACGCAUGGUAGGGAGGAAGGCAGGAGACUGAGGGGUUCAUGGACAGCGUAGGCUAUAUAGUGAAACUCUGGUUCAGGAAACAAAAACAGCAGCAGAGACGCACUGUCCGCUCUGUGUAAGGUCCUGUGGCCCAGUAUUCAGACUUGUCUAUCAAGUGCGGAGUCGCUUGAUCCAUGAUGAGUCAGUGAUGUUCUCUCAGCAGGACUCAGCUAGAACUCGGAGCACAGAGAUCCGUGGCUGCUGAACCAGGCACCUUUAGGCUUCCUAGCUCUCAUAGGCAGACCCUCGCUGCUGAGUUAGUCUGCCUGCCCACGGUGGACAUGGCUUUUUACCAAGGAAGGAGGAACUCUGAACCUUUGUAACUCAUCCUGUGAAUCAGAACGUAACAAUAAAAGCAUCACCGUUUCCUUCAGGUGUCACCGCCA